CCGCUGAGCGCCCGGCCUGAAUGGGAGCCAAUCGCGCUGGCCUGGCCUCUGCCAAUCACCGGCCUCCCUCCAAUCCCACCCGCGCACAUUUCCAAACUCUGGUUCCCAACCGCGCCGCUCAAAUGUGCCGAGCGCUCUGCCAAUCGCUGGAGGCCAGAGCGGGGAGAGGAUGGCAGCAGCAGCCGAGUUGGGAAACGGAGCAGACAAAAGAAGUUAAAGAGCCGCUUAAUCGUUCCAUGUUUGGCAAGGCGGCGGCGCUAGCCACGGCGGCAGCAACAGCCUCGGCGGCGUCGGCAGGCAGGGGGAGGAAGGCCACCGCCCCCUCGGGGCCGGCCCAGGCGACCCCCUCGCGCCUGGAUGGGCCCCGGGGCUGCGGCGCCAUGGAGCCCGCGCUGAGUUGCAAGAGAAGCCCCAGCCUGCGCUUGGCCGACCUGGCCGCAUUGCAUGGCGGCGUCGGAGGAGGAGGCAGCAGCGCCACCAGCGGUGGCGGCUUCCAGCCCUUGCACCCGGGGGACUUGGGCUCCUCGGACCCGGCUGCCGCAGCCCCCUUCGGGCCGGAGCACGUGGCGUCGGGGGCGCUCAAGUUGAGCCCGGCCGGCGCCGAGGCCGCGUUCGCCUCGUCGUCGCAGGCGGGCGUCGUUGGAGCGGGCGCCAACGGCGCGGCCGGCAGUGCC